CAACAACUUCUUUUACUCACUUCUAACAAGAGAAAUCAAAGAUCAUGGCUAAUAGUAGAUACUAUUACCAAAACAGUCCUCAAUAUGGUAGUUCAUCUUACAACCAAGUCCCUACACUUCCAAUCCACUUAUGCUUCUUUCUUGUGAUACUUUUGUUGUUCAUGGGUAUAUCAUGGUACAUGAGUUAUGAGUCUGCAUUUGAGAGUGUAAUGGAGCAACUCAAGCUCAUGCUCAUCCUUUCACCAUUAGUGUUGUUACUUGCUGUGCACUGGCUGUCUCAGCGCUCGCCGGAGCUUCUCAUUCCUUUGCCGGAGAAAGAGUCUUUCCACCGUGCCGGAGGAUCUCCAUGGGGUGUUGCCUUUGUUUUGGUUCUCCUCAUGUUCAUGAUCUCUUAUCAGUCUUAUUUUCAAGAAAGAUGGUUCCCUCUUCUCAGCAGAUGAUGAAUGAUGAAUGAUGAAUGAUGAAUGAUGUAACUAUUAGAGGGAGAGCUUGGUCUUUUCCUCUUUUUAUUUUUAUUUUUAUUUUAAUCUUUUUUUUA